AUGUCUAAAGGAAAAGUCUGUCUUGCCUACUCUGGAGGUUUGGAUACCUCUGUUAUAUUGGCCUGGUUGUUGGAGCAAGGCUACGAAGUCAUUGCCUUCAUGGCCAACAUUGGCCAGGAAGAAGACUUUGAAGCUGCUAGAGCCAAAGCCUUGAAAAUUGGUGCUUCCAAGUACGUCUUGGUCGAUGUCAGAAAGGAAUUCAUUGAAAAAAUCUUGUAUCCUGCUAUUCAAGUUAAUGGAAUCUACGAAAAUGUCUAUCUUUUGGGUACCUCCCUUGCUAGACCUGUCAUUGCAAAAGCCCAAAUGAAAGUGGCCAAACAAGAAAACUGUUUUGCUGUGAGUCAUGGUUGCACUGGUAAGGGAAACGAUCAAGUCAGGUUCGAAUUGUCCUUCUAUGCUUUAAACCCCAAUGUUAAAGUUAUUGCUCCAUGGAGAGACCCUGAGUUCAUCAAAAGAUUCUCUGGCAGAAAAGAUUUGCUAAACUAUGCUGGUCAGAAAAACAUUCAUGUCGAACAAACCGCUGCCAAACCAUGGUCAACCGAUGAAAAUUUGGCUCACAUUUCUUUUGAAGCUGGUAUUCUAGAAGAUCCAAAUACAACUCCUCCCAAAGACAUGUGGAAGCUAACUGUUGAUCCUGUAGAUGCUCCCGAUGUACCUGAGGACAUCGAAAUCCACUAUAAACAAGGUGUGCCUGAAAAGUUAGUCUACACUGAAAACAACGCAACAGUGGAAGUUACUGAUCCUGUUGAUCUUUUUACCACUGCAAAUAAAUUGGCCAGAAGAAAUGGUGUUGGAAGAAUUGACAUUGUCGAAAACAGAUUCAUUGGAAUCAAAUCAAGAGGCUGCUACGAAACCCCAGGUUUAACUAUCUUGAGGUCUGCCCAUAUUGACUUGGAAGGUUUAACUUUAGACAGAGAAGUUAGAUCUAUUAGAGAUCUUUUUGUCACUCCAACUUACUCCAAAUUAUUAUACAAUGGAAUGUACUUUACUCCAGAAUUUGAAUAUGUCAAAUCAAUGAUUGCCCCCUCUCAAGUAACUGUCAAUGGGGUUGUAAAGGCUUCAUUGUACAAAGGCUCCUUUAUAGUCAGAGGCAGAUUCUCUGCGACUGAAAAAUUAUAUGAUGAAACUGAAUCCUCAAUGGAUGAACUAACUGGUUUCUCUCCUCAAGAUGCAACUGGUUUCAUUGCUGUUCAAUCCAUUAGAAUCAAAAAAUACGGUGAAUCCAAAAAAGAAAAAGGAAUCGAUUUUGACUUAUAA